AUGGACGCGGGCGUGGCUCGAGCACGGGACCACGGUGCCAGAUCUGUGACAAACAAGGACAUGGGGCCCUCUCGUGUUGGUAUCGUUUCUCGACCCCCCCUCCCCCCAGCACCGCAAGCGAAUGUGGCUGUAUCUAGUGAGAUUGGUGAUCCCAGUGGUCCUCAUGAGUGGUUCCCGGACACUGGCACUACGAAUCAUGCUACGCCUAAUUCAUCCUUGAUGACUUCAGCAACAAGUUAUGAUGGCCUGGAAACUCUGCGAGUCGGCAGUGGUACAGGUUUUCCUACUGUUAAUGUUGGUUCCGCUUCGUUAGCUACUAAUUCUAAGUUUUUUAAGUUCCAUGAUGUUUUGCAUGUCCCUGGUCUCUCCUCUUCUUUACUGUCUGUUCAGCGCUUUGCGAAAGACAAUAAUAAUGGUCGAGUAGAACGUAGGAAUCGUCAUGUUGUUGAGACAGGACUGUCUUUGAUGGCUCAAGCAUCUGUUCCUUCUUGUUUUUGGGAAUAUGUGUUUGAGACUGCUAUCUAUCUUAUAAAUAAAAUGCCUACUCGUGUUCUGUCUAAUGAGUCUCUGCAUUUUCGUUUCAUUGUUCUCCCCCUUCCUACUCCUACUUGCGGAUGUUUGGUUGCUAGACCAUGUUUUGAACCUUGGGCUACUGGACCGAUUGUGACGAGCCGAGGUGGUGGUGUCUCGACUACGGCUAUUGAUGACGCUUGGCAGUCUGAUGAGCCCAUCUCGGCUUCUAGCGAUGGUGACGAUAACGGUCCCGAGCAGUCCGCAUCGAGUGAGCGGACUGUCUCGGACCAGCAGGUUGAGCAGCGCAGCAGGCCGCGUGGACGUCCUCGGCGAGUCACUCCUCCUCCUCUGUCGCAUGCUAUGAACACUCGUAGCUCAGGUCUGCAUCAACAUGUCGUCUUAACCAGUGUUUCUACCAUAGUGCCUGAGCCCACUUGUUACACUCAGGCAGUCAAAUCUCCUGAGUGGUGUGAUGCGAUGGACGUAGAGUUCAAUGCCUUGGUCCAUAAUCAUACGUGGCGUCUUGUUCCGUUUCAACUAGGGCUCAAACAGGCUCCACGUGCUUGGUUCACAAGAUUGCAUGAUUUUCUUGUCUCUGUGGGCUUCUCGCCUUCAAAGACGGAUGUGUCUCUUUUUAUCUAUUCUCGUGACAAUAUUCAUCUUUAUUUCUUGGUGUAUGUUGAUGACAUUUUGAUUAUGGGUUCUGACUCAGAGCGUGUUACUACUCUUAUUGAUAAAUUAGCACUUGAGUUUAAGGUUCGUGAUAUGGGUGUGCCUUCUUUCCUUUUGGGCAUUGAAACUGUCCCGUUAUCUGCCGGUAUGCUUUUAUCACAACAACGGUAUAUGAAGGAUAUUCUCAACCGUGCUAGCAUGGUGGACUGCAAACCAGUAAUCACGCCCGUCUCUUCUGCGAAAAUCACCGACGAAGUCGCUGUUCCCUAUGCCGAUCCUACACAGUAUAGGAGUCUUGCAGGUGCUCUCCAGUAUCUUACGAUAAAUCGCCCUGAUUUAUCUUAUGCUGUUAAUCUCUUGUGUCAGCACAAGCAUGCGCCCACUACUACGGACUGGGCCUCUCUGAAAAGAGUCAUGCGGUAUGUCAAGGGCACCCUGAAUCUUGGUCUGCGAAUUUCUCGGUCUACAUCUAUGGAUAUUCACGCCUAUUCUGACUCAUAUUGGGCUGGCGAUCAAAAUGAUCGCAAGUCUACUAGUGGCUUUGCUAUGUUCUUGGGUAGUAAUCUUAUAUCUUGGGUAUGUCGGAAGCAACGGAGUGUGACACGUUCUUCAACUGAAGCAGAAUACAAGGGACUAGCUGAUGUAUCUGUAGAGGUUACAUGGCUUGUUUCCCUGUUAAACAAAAUCGGCAUCCCUCCUGCAUCUCCUCCUCGACUAUGGUGUUAA